AAGGGGUUAGUCUCCGACGGGCGUUCAGAGUGCCAGUGUCUGGUAUGCUGUCGUAUGGUGAACAUCGGCGGUGGUCGUUCGUAGCUGGCCUGUCGCCUGGUUGUCUCCUUGGAUCGUGUGCCAACAUUGUACCACUUCGUCGAGUUCGAACACGUACUGGCUGUGUCAUCUCUAUUUUCGAUACUCGCUAAUGUCGAUGUGCCUCGCAGCCAUUCUGUGAUGGUUUCGCCUUCUACUUGACGAUAACAUAACCCACCUACGCGAUCCCAUCGCCCUGGUGCUUUAGUGCUGUGCGAUAACAACCAAACUAACAUAACCUCUACUAGUGAUCAUUACAUGACAGCCAACGUGUCCAUGGAGUGUACCGUACAUCCCUACACUAAACAGUGACCACCCCUUCAGUAUUUGUGUUUACUCCAUAUACAACAUAACCAUUACUAUUACUAUCACAUAAAUGCUUGUUUACAACUGUGGAACAUAUAGUUCGCGAAUGGAUAGAAACAAGUAGGUGCAUCAAUGUAAGAUCGUCAUCUUAUCAUCAUAAUCAUCUUGCAAGUGGAAUCUUAACCUUGAAUCAUCACUGAAGCGACCAGCAGCAUGAGAAAUCAUCGGCAGAUACCCUUCAUCUCCUUCCUCAUUGUGGGAUGGAGCUUUAUCUUCAAUGUUCAAGCUGAGCAAAAAUCGAGAGACUUGUCUGGCUUGGUGGGUGAGACGGUUGAGCUGCCAUGUGCCGUUGAUACUGAGAAGUGCGGAGAGCUUCACAGCAUCAAGUGGUACAGAGCGUCGUCCAGAAUUUAUGUGUUCAGCGAGAUGGCUGGCAUCGCGAGAUCAGAGAACGACUACACUGAUCGAGCGGAGCUCCAGUACACAGCGAACAGCACACUUUCCUACCUGAGAGUAAAAAGACUGCAGGUUUCCGACGAAGCCGUGUACAAAUGCGAGAUCACCUACUUGGAAGUACUUGAGGGCUGUCAAGUGGUCCAGUUCAUCAACCUCACCACACUCAUCAAACCAGAGUACAUGAAGUUGACGAGAGAAGACGGAUCUGAGGUGACGAAUUCAUCAGUGAUAGGACCACUAGUCGAAGGAGACUCGAUUGUACUGCGGUGUGAAUCAGGUGGAGGCAAACCAAUUCCUUCAGUCACCUGGUGGAAUGGCUCGUAUCCAAUGGCUGGCACUUACGACGCGCAGAGCGGCUCGAAUGGCAUCGGCACAGGAGUAUCGGUGGUGUCGGUGAGGGUGGGUCGCGGUGACCUCAGCGCCAAGUACGAGUGCCGCUCACAAAACAACGCACUGCCCGAGCCCAUCGUCUCGUGGGUCGAGAUCGACGUCAAUGUGCGACCGAUCAACUUGGCGCUGUCGGGUAUUGACAAGCACGUCAUUCAGGGUGAGAAGGUGAAGCUGCACUGCAUUGUCAGGGGGGCGAGACCGCCGGCCAACAUCACCUGGUACAAUGGUACCGAACCCCUGCCACAGGCUAUCAGCGAAUCAUCAGUUCAGAAAAGAGUGCCUAAUACCACAGUGGUGAUUGCUGCUGAUGGGACAUACGACACGCAGAGCUACCUGGAGUUUGUAGCGUCGAGAUUCGAAAACGACGAAACGCUGAGUUGUGAAGCCACCAAUGCCAUCAUGCGUGACAGGCAAGAGACGCCGAUGAGAGACACGCUCAAACUCGAAGUCAUGUAUCCUCCCAUUGUGACGGUGACUCCAGAAAACUACACAGAGAAGGAGGGCACUGACAUUCUUCUUUUCUGCCAGUACGAGGCCAACCCUGCAACGCUCAAAUCAGCCACAUGGAGAAAAGACAACGAGCCUCUAGCGUUAGAUUCGGGUCACUAUGAAGGUGGAACUCCGGAACAAACAACUUUGCUAAUAAAAAACUCAACACGAAAAGAUCAUGGCAUUUACUCGUGUAUUUUAGAGAACGAGGUCGGAGCAUCAGAGUCUAUUAGCAAAGUAAACCUCAGUAUACACUUCAAGCCAGUGGUGAACGUGACGAUGGACCCGCCAAGCCCGGUGAGUGAGGUGGACCGCCAGAACAUCUCACUGCUGUGCCAAGUGGUGGCCGGCAACCCGGACACACUGACCUCGGUCAUCUGGUACCUGGACGGCGAAACCCUGAAGGCUCUGCCCGACUGCGAAACGCCCAACUCCACCUUCUGUGACAUCGAUCCAUCCAAACUGCUUCUCGAGAAUGUGGAGCGCAGCUUCCACGGCAACUACUCCUGUAUGGGCAUGAAUGCGGCCGGAUGGGGACCUGUCUCCAAUAACACCGAACUUGUUGUCUAUUAUCCUCCUGGACGAGCAAAAUUGACGUACUCGCCUGAGCGAGUGGUGAAGAAGGGGAGAAUUCAGCUGACGUGCAGUGUUGAGGACCCCGGCAGACCAGACAACCCCACCUACCACUGGUUCCGCAACUACCAGGCUCUCCAGCAGGGGCCGGUCACCGCCAACUACACCAUAGACCCGGUCACCUUGGAGACCGAUGCCAACUUCACCUGUUCAGCAGUCAACCUCGGCGGGGAAAGCGAGUCUGACACUGUGCAUAUCAAAGUUUUUGCACCACCGGCUUUCAUCGAGAGGCUACCGCCGUACUACGGCGCGCUGAUGAACGCACAGAAGAUCAGCAUCUCGUGCCGCGUGGAGUGCUCGCCCAUCUGCUCGAUCGUCUGGACGAAGAAUGGCCGCGUCAUCGACCAGGCCAACACACGCUACUCGGUGCAGACGUCCAUCCUGCGGCCGGACACUCGCACCAACGACUUCGAGUCGGUGCACUCGACGCUCAUGUGGAACAUGUCGGCCUGGCCCGGCAACCAGCUCGACCGCAUCCACGACAACUCCAAUUACACCUGUCAGAGCACCGGCAACGCAGUCGGCCCCGGCGUCAAGAGCACCACCAUCUUUGGCGUUGAAUAUCCUCCAGAGAAUCUGACCGUCUCGAAUAAGGUUGUUAAUGUUAUCGAGGGCAACAUCCCAGAAAAAGUAUUGUGCAAUGCGAAAGGCUACCCGGAGCCGUCUUACAAUUGGUGGAGGGAGGACAGCUCGGAGCCAGUGGUCAAAGGCAAUAACGCUCUCACUCUCAACUACCCCGUCAGAAGGCGAAACGGGGGCAAUUAUAUUUGCGAAGCCUUCAACCGACAUGGCAAUAACACCAUUAAAACAUUUGUGAAUGUGCUAUAUAAACCGGAAUGCGGAAUAACGCAAUCAGAAAUGGACGGUAAACUAGUAUUGAUUUGUACAGCACAUGCCAAUCCAACAGAAGUUGACUUCACCUGGAGGAUAAAAAAUGAAAACGAAACUAUUGAAGAAAAUAUUGAGAAGCGAGGUCUUCAGAGCUUCCUCACUCUAGAAACGAGAGUGGAGAAUUUCAGAACAUACCUCUGCUUCACUAAUAAUUCAGUUGGAAUGUCAAUUCCAUGUGAAAGAGACGUUACAGCCUACCAGGAGAAAAGUAGUAAGUUCAGAGCAACAGGUAGGAAGUCCGACCAAUUUUACCAGAUCACACAUUUUCUUCCAAUAAUUUCAUCCUAUAACACUAAACUAAACUGCCAACCAAAUAAAAGUCAAAGAAAUUAUUGGAAGGAAAUGGGUGUUCUACAAAAUAUAAAUGUUCAAGCAAUAUUUUGCAUGACUUGUUCUCAUUUUUUGCUUUUCUGCUUUACAUGUUUAGAUCAAGUAUAUUUAAGGGACUUGCUGUUCGUCUAUGUGCUUUUAUCAAUAACAAGUUUUAUUUUUGUUUUUGCUAAAGAAGAUUACAUCCGUACUAACAAGUGUUUGUUUUUGGUUCCCCCCUUUGGUUUUCUAGACAGUAGUCCAGUGGAGCUGGAGGAUAGACAAAAUCCGGAGGGUAACAGUGGCCCAGUCGCCUCGCCCACACCGGUUGCUGUGACGGCUACGCCAAAAUGGCCGCUGCGGCCCGGCGUACUAGUGCAUGUGAAUACGUCACACAGUCUGAGUCGCCUGUCGCAAGCCGCAUCUCCGACCGCCGCUCGCUCCACCAAUCAAAACACGCCAGCGGCUCGCUCCACCAAUCAGCGACAAGAACGGCGCGCCAUCAGUCUGGCCAACAUCGCCAACGAAAACCAGCAUUCGCGCGCCAACCGAAUUCGGCACAUGUUCACGCCCGAACAAAGAAUUAAGUAUCGCUCGGACACACUGCCUGGUGUGUUCCAUGGCAAGUCUGGAGUGGUGACAUUCAAGAAACUAGAUGGAACAAAUUUCCAAGGAGCAUCCAGAAAAAGAAAGAAACCGGGAGCAAGUCCAAACCCCUCUUCUACCAAAGAUAAAUCAGACUUAAACUCGUCUUCUCCCAGCGAUGCUCUUCUACAGCCUGAUGGAGAUAAUAAAGCCUUCUAUGAAAAUCUUCCUUUCCAUGGAAUGCAAAAUCCUCCAAAUAAGACCCCCACAUUAGACAGUGUGAACAGUGGUGCUGCCCCAGCAGUGAGCCGGCCUCCCAGUGAACUGAGCCAGUACGCGGGGUCUUCGGGCUACGGCUCAACGCGCAGUCAGCUGGGUCCGAGUCUGCAGUCCUCAGAGCCACCCAACCCAAACAGCUCAGCGACCGACGACAGAAAGUUCGCGUCGCUGCGUAACUGCAAACGCUCUCGGUCCGAUUGGCCGCAGUUUCGGUCGCUCAGGGCUUCCAAACAGUCGAUGCGACCUAUUAUAGAGAAUUCGCUUGAAACGAAAACCAAACCACCCGCCAAAGAACCACCCGACUGUCCAGAACUGAGACUGAAAUCCCCUCCCACCCCUGCGCCGAGGAAGUUUACGCCUCCCAACUGCAGACAGACUAGUCCAAAGCACACCUAUCAAAACAUACCUAUUCCUAUCACUCCAAACAAUAGCUCAAAAACAGAAUUCCCCGAAGUAAAUAGCUCACAGAGUCCGCACUGCUCUCUAACCAACUCGUCGACGCUGGAGCGGCAGAGGCUGCUGCUUAACGGCCGGCAGUCGCUCAAAAAGCAGAAAGCCCUGCUGAAGCCCAGUCGACCGAACAACGAACUAGUGACGGGACAAGACGAGUUCGCUUACUCCAGUUACCAGCGCACCAACCACCACAUAAUGCACUCCUCGCCCCCUCCCACCUACAAUGGUGGCGGUGGUCCCAUGUAUGCCGACCUCGCCCUCAACAACCACCACCACCACCAUCAUCAUCAUCGCCCGCACCCGCAUGCGCCCGUGCCCGAACACUUUCCCCUCUACCAGCCCCCGCGCGCGCACACCGACUAUGCCAUCAUCAAGUUCCACGAUGUCGGCCAAGAAAUUGACGUCUGAGGAACAACCAGGAGCCAGCAUAACAUACAUUUAUUAGAAGAAACAGGCACGCUGAAAGACUGAUUAAUACGAGCCAUUCCUGCCAGAGUCAACUGACUUGGAUUAUGCAGAUGUAGAUUACGCUUCGUAUGGACCCAUCAACUACAAAGCAGCAUCGAUUUUUGCUGCUCAGAAGAAAAACGAGCCAGAUGAGCCAUUAUUGUGAUUCAAGCCUGCAUUUAACAGUGAUACUCAAAAACCACAUUUUAUGAACAGAAUCGAUCCAAAUUCGCUUGUAUUUGGAGUUUCACGCAUUUUCCAAUCAGUUUUAUGCAUUUCUUCUUUUUCAUUUUUCUAUUUAUCAUUCUUCAAAGUGUGUGCUCUGCCACUGGUUGUUCAGAAGUCUCCAACCGGUACCAAAGAAAUAGUUUAUGCACCAAACCAAAGCUAUUACAUUUUAGUGGUCACAUUUCUGAUAGAAUCUUCAUCGAUUUAUUUCAAAUAUAUAUAUCGCUAUCUCAUGAGAUUAGGAUUAGGUUAUCUAACAGCAUUUUAUUAGUUAUUUUUGAAUUAUGUUAUUACUUUGUAAUAGGUAUGUUUCAAGUUGGCUCUUCGCCAAUUUUCCAGUGUGUGUACUCUGCAUUCAAAUGAUCCUUGCUUUUAUUUUUUAGCUACAAACUCUUAUAAAGGCUGCUCAUAACAAUUAAAAGUCUAGUCUAUAGUGUUUUUAUUUUAAUAACAAAACGAAUUAUUAAUUAUUGUAGAAUAUUAUAUUCUAAGUCUUGACUUUGAUUCUUUCAAGCCUUAAUGUUCUCAUUUUUUCAAUAAUCAAACUUUUUAUUGAUUGUGCGUUAUUAUGCAUUGUGUGAAUAAUCUCAUUCAUUCGUACUUUCGAUAAAUUUCGAGUAUUGCUGCCAUUUAGCAGACUAGAACUACUUGGACUAUUACAUAUGUGUUAUAUUCAUUAAAUUAUUUAUUUUUUCGUUACUAAUUCAUUAUACUUUUAAC